CAUUACCUGCGGGCCGUCCUGCACGGGGACCCGCUGUCGGCCCCGCCCGGGGGGACAGAGGCCCUGUGGGAGGCGCUGGUCACCUGCCUGCGGGCCCAGGCCCUGCUCCCUCCCGCCGCGGAGGGCCCGUCCCACUGCCUCCCGACGCCAGCCGCCUCCGGGCCUUUGCUUCUGAUUUUAGAUGACAACUUCUAUUACCGAAGCAUGAGAUACGAGGUCUACCGGCUGGCUCGCAAGUACUCGCUGGGGUUUUGCCAGCUCUUUCUAGACUGUCCUCUGGAGACCUGCGUGCAGAGGAAUGGCCAGCGGCCAGGGGCGCUGCCCGCCGAGACCAUCCGCCUGAUGGGGGCGAAGAUGGAGGAGCCCAACCCCGAGAAAAACGCCUGGGAGCACAGCAGCCUCACCCUGCGGAGCCCCGCGUGCUCGGCCGCGGCCAGCCCCGAGCUGACCGGCCUGCUGCUCGCCGCUCUGGAAAACCCCGUGAACUGUGUCGAGGACAACGCGGAGCAAAAGGAAACAGACAGAAUUAUUUGUUCAACCAACACGCUUCACCAAGCUGAUCAGACGCUGCGAAGGAUUGUCUCUGAGACAAUGAAGGAAGCAAAAGAUGCGCACGUGCGGCCUCCGGACCUGAAGCUCCUGGCGGCGGCGCUGAACCAGCUCCGGGCAGAGCUGCUGCGGGCCCUGAGGCUCGGCCACAGGGCACCCCUGUGCUCGCGGGCCCUGGGUGUCCCUGACGUGGUUGCUCUUUUUCAUGAUGAGAAAGACAGCCUCCUGCAGAAGUACUUUCCAAAGCAGCGUUAACGUCUCCAUUUCCAAUCAAAGGUUUGAUUUCGGUGAUUUGCAAACGGACAAUUUUGAAUUACUGCGUAUUCUCAGGGCGAUGACAGGAGUUGCCAGGCUUACUGUUCAUAAAAGUGAGGUCCGUUUGUCGUAACAGAAAUGACUGUCAUCUACCUGUCGCACGUGACGUGGAUGACGGAGCCUCAGAGGCUGCCUCCCUCGUUGCUGUGCCAGGACUGCAGGGCUGGGUGGGCAGGACCCUGCGAGGAUCUUUAAUAAAGCGAAGAAACUAGAAAGGAGAC